ACAGGAAAUCAAAAAAUUCUAUAAAUAAUGAGGUUUUCAGAUUUGAAACUCUUUAUUUGGAACGAUACCGAGACAAACCACAAAAAAAUACCAUCUGAUGAAUCUAUUUUCAUCUUCAGAAUCUCUGAUCACAAAAACGACAAACUAGAAAUUUUGGUCUUUGAAUUCAAGCUUUCCUUACAUAAUCAUGGAGGAAAUUUAUUGAAAAAAGUAAUUUCGGCGCUUAAAAUUUUAAUCCCUAAAUUAAGAGUAUUACUCGCUCAACAAAUCACCGAUUUUAUCAAAAGUUGCUUCCGCUUUCGUAGGGUUUCGUCGCCGAAUCGCAACGCCGGCAAUUCUUCAAAGCUGGUUUUUGUUGCGGAUGUUGCCGUUAAUGGUGACGAUCUUGUUAAUGAUGAUGAUGAUGCAAGUCGUAGUCCUGUAUUUAUAUAUCAAGCCGAUGAAGUUCAUUAUAAUACUCGUUCAAUUAAUCGAACAAUUGAUGUUGAGAUUAACUUCGAUUUUGAUGUUGAAGAACAACAGCAACGAGAAAGACGUAAUAUCGAAACUCAAAUCGGAUCAAUUUUAACUCAAGCUCAACGAUCAUUCACGGUGCUUAGUUCUAUAUUACCUUUUUUGAAUGAUGAUUUUGGUGUCAAUGAGGAGAACAUUGAUAAUGCGAUCGUUAAUGAGGAAAAUAGUAUAGAAUGUUGUGAUGAAGAAGAAGUGAAGAAUGUUCUUACAAUUUUGAGGUCGCAUUAUAAAAUCAAAGAUAGAGUUCUCAGAACUUCGAAAAGGCUUGCAAACAAACGUAAUCGCGAUGAAAUUGAUUGUGAGAACAAAGUUCCAAAUACAUCACAGAGUUUAUCGAAAAUUAAACAAACGAUUAGGUUUGCUACAGAAGAGGAAUUGAGAGAAGAUUGUACGUGUUCUAUUUGCUUAGAAAAUAUGUCGAAUGAUGGGGAUAAUUUGAAAAUUAUCCGUUGUAAACAUGUUUUUCAUAGAAAGUGUUUAUUAAAAUGGCUUUCGAAGAAACAAUCAUGUCCUUGUUGUCGAUCAUAUAGCUUCGUAGAUGUAUUUGUAAAGUAUUAGUUGGUUUGGGUUAUGUUUUUAUUGAUUUUUUUAAUUUUAUAGGAUAUUGGAUAUAGGAUUAUUCAUUAUAGGAUUGAAUUUGUUUUAGUUUGUUGAAUUUA